AAGUCGAAAAUCAGACGGAGAGCGUAUGGAAAAUAACACAUUACUACAACCGCAAAUUGCGCAACAUUUGCACAAGCUAAAUUCUGGGCUGUUGUACGUCCAUCCAAAUAUAAAUACAAAUUUACAGCCUGUUGCAAAUAUUUCGGCUUUCGAGAAUAUAAUGCAUAUUUAUGUAUGUGCUCGCUGAUUUUAUAUAAUUUUUUGUGUUAAUUGUUUAUCAUUUGCUAAUCGCUCUGAAAUAAUGGGUAUAAUUAUGCCUGUAUUUCGAUUGUUUAUUAUUUUUAAAAAUGGCCGAGUAAAAUUGCAUCUCUGAAAAUACAUAUAUGAAACAAUACAAAAUACUACUGAAAACAUAAAGUCGCACAAUCACAGAACUUAACAGAGAAAAUGUCAUUUAUUGGUAAUCCACUGUUUGGGUUUAUUUGUUGGCACCUCCUUUAUCUCCUGCGAGUACGUCAGUAUAUACACCUCGGUCAAAACUGAGGUGGGUAAUAUAUCAACGUAUUCAAAUUAGCGUUACAAAAAACCCUGUUACUCGUUUUAAGCAAUGUCAAUGAAAGAAAAGGAAGAGAGAAUGGAUGAAAAAAUGCGGUCCCCACCACCACCCCCCUUUAAAAAAAGAGUGCUAAUUUGCAGGCACGGUCGCCUGCGAUUGGUCAGUGGCUGGUCAGAUGGUAUGGUAUUCCUCUGUCCCGCACUGGCACAUAGCCACCCAGCAACCCCCCCUCUUCUAAAACCCAAUCUCCGAUAAACUACUAAUAGCUAAACCGCUUGGACUAUAAAACACAACAAAUCAUAAACCAAGGAAAAGAACCGUGCCCUCCCAAUGAGUUCCUAUUUUGUAAACUCUACUUUCCCGGUGACUCUGCCCGGAGGACAGGAGUCAUUCUUGGGACAGAUACCCUUAUACUCCUCCGGAUACACAGACCCUUUACGACACUAUCCCGGUGCUGCUUAUGGAGCUAGCAGUGUCCCGGAGAAGGCAUACCACUCUUCCUUUUACCAGCAGACAAACGGUGCCUACGGCAGGGCGACCACCAUCGGUUCCUGCGAUUACGCGGCAGCAAGCUAUUGCAGGGAAAAAGACAACGCCUGUGCCCUCUCGAGCAUAGAAGAACAUUCUCUUAUCCACAGUCAGGAGCACCGAAAAACAGAUUGCACAGAUUCGUCUGGGAAAAGUAUCUACACCGAAGGCGACGAACAGAAGCCGGCGGUGCCAGUGUACCCAUGGAUGCAAAGAAUGAACUCAUGCAGUGGGACCUUCAGUAACCCUGGUCGGAGGGGUCGUCAGACAUACACCCGUUACCAGACGCUGGAGUUGGAGAAAGAGUUUCAUUUUAACAGGUAUCUUACCCGCAGGCGCCGUAUUGAGAUUGCGCACGCUCUAUGCCUGACGGAACGCCAGAUCAAGAUUUGGUUCCAAAACCGACGGAUGAAGUGGAAAAAGGAGAACAAAUUAAUCAACGCAUCACAAACCAGUGGCGAGGAGAAAGACGAGAAGAGGACAGAAUGAAAUUAUGGAAUUGAGCAGCAGACACCUCAAUAACUCAUCAGAAGGAUAAAAACUCUCCAUGUACAUACAUUUGCUUCGGUGAAGUUGUAUUGGUAAAUUUGUUGUAGCAUUCCACUUACACAUUUUAAGUGUUAUUUUUUUAAACACCUACGUUAUGUCUCCAAUUAAUGUCUUUUUACGUGAAAAGUAUGACUUAGGAUUUGUUAUUACAUCUAUAACACAUAUGUUUAACACAUAUUUUAAAUGUUAUAUUCAUACUCAUAUUUAAGCUGUAAAAAAUUCAAAUAAAAUCUCAUUGUACGAAAUGACUUAUUUUAGUUGGGUGAUUAAAUGUGUGAGGUGUCUACUGACUUUAUGAAAAAUAUAGGACCGAAGCUUCCAUUUUUCCCCAAACCAACAAGGGGGGAUCAAUUAUAUAGUCUUGUAGUCUUAUUGUAUGUGAAUUCCAGUUGUCGUAAUAUUUAUCAGAAGAAACAAUUAAAUAAAGCGAGAAAGCAUCCUCAUGGCCCUGUUCGUUGACAAUUGUUUUAGAAGUAAAAAACAAUUAUUUCUGAGCCACAAGCAUAUAAGAUGUGAUUUAUAUUAAAUGAAUCAGUGUUCCACUAUUUUUGACACAUAAUUCUGCUAUUAUCAGAAAACACAGAUCAGAUGCGUUAAUUUCUUCUUUAGAAAAUACCUGUAUAUGUCUAGAAAACAAAUUAAAUUGGACGCUAGUUAGGAAUAAAAUAUUGCCAUGUGGUUGCCUUCAGCUUUAGCAGCGACAGGGCACAGGUAUACUUAAAUAUUCUGUCAACUGUCAAUCCCAAAACCCAGUUUCCCUGUUCAACACUAAAAGGCAUGCCGCCCCAGAGUCUAAAAAAAUCUAUAAAAAGUGAAAGGAAAUGGUUCAGUGAUUUUUAACUGAUGGCCAAAGGAGAAAGCUGACCUGUCCGAAACGUGCACUCACCCAGAGAGGGUCAAACGUUUAGGAGACUGACCUUCUCGGUAGCCAGAAUUAUUUCUUAGUCGAGAGACAAUAUUAUUUAAAUAAGCAAUCGAGAUAAAAUAUGCAUUAAAGCUAUUUCUUACACGUUACUUAUAUCUUGCUAUAUAUAGUAAAAUGGUGGCUAUACUGAAAUUCACGCGAACAAAUCUGCAGGCCAAAAUUCAAUAGAUUAUUUCCUCGAAUUAAAAUAUGUUCGCUGUCAGAUAUUUGACAUACCAUAUUGGUAUGUUUUUCUAAUUUUUAUUGCUUAAGGUUAAAAGCCAAAGCUUCAGUAAAAAAUAAUCAAGAUUAUUUUCACCAUUGUUCACCAAGAAUAUUUUAAAUGUAGACAAAAACGUACAGUGCAAUGGUGGAUUGCACAUCGUGAUGCACAUACAUGAAAUAACUGUGUCAACAAACCAUAUAUCAGAUCAGGUAAUCUAUCACAAUCAUACAUUUCUUAUGGCUUACUGAGAACUUACACUUCCUUUUUUCCAAAGAACCUAAAAUAGCAUGAAUAUAACAGGAAAAUAGCAAAUGAAAUCUAUUUGCAUGCAUACCGAGAUACUGCUUCUACUGUUACUGCUACAACUAAACAACUUCUACUAUACUAAUAAUAAUAAUAC